UUCAUUAUAUAUCGAGUACGGGAGUAUCGAUACUUACUGUCAUCAAUUAAACAUAUAAAUUUACAAAAUUUCACUGUUCUGUUUCUGUUUACGAAAAUCGCAUUGCAAAACAUUCAAGUUUCACAUUAAAACACACAAAAGUGCCAGCAACGUUGUAGACAAUGUCAACACCCGCACGCAGACGUCUGAUGAGGGAUUUCAAAAGACUGCAGGAGGAUCCGCCAACUGGUGUUUCGGGUGCGCCAACAGAUAAUAACAUUAUGAUAUGGAAUGCUGUAAUCUUUGGCCCGCACGAUACGCCAUUCGAAGAUGGCACCUUCAAGCUGACCAUGGAGUUUACAGGCGAAUAUCCAAAUAAGCCGCCAACAGUUCGCUUCGUAUCGAAAGUCUUUCAUCCAAACGUUUAUGCAGAUGGCGGCAUCUGCUUGGACAUACUGCAAAAUCGCUGGAGCCCCACAUACGAUGUGUCCGCCAUUUUGACAUCCAUACAGUCGCUGCUGAGCGAUCCCAAUCCCAACUCACCGGCCAACUCCACUGCCGCCCAGCUCUACAAGGAGAAUCGUCGCGAGUACGAGAAGCGUGUGAAGGCCUGUGUGGAGCAGAGCUUUAUCGAUUAGGCAUGCGUCGACAGCAACAGCAACAGCAACAGCAACAGCAACCAGAUCAGCAGCAACAGUUUGCAGUAGCGGCAGUGGCAGCAAGCAACCCUCAAGUUCUAACACGCAACCACAUGCAACAAUACAAACAAGUUUCAAUUAAAUAAUAUCACAUAUAAUGCUAUGAAUUGUAAACAAGCAAACAUACAUGAACUCUAACUAAUGCGCACACGAACACAGACACACACAGACACACACCCGCAAGUAACGUUAUAUUUUAUUAGAAGAACAAUAACAUCAACCUGUUGGAGCAGAAAACAGCAGCAGCCAUCUUGAGCGACAGCAAUUGAGGCCGAAGCGUCUCAUAAACUAUCUAUAACUGUAAUAUCCCCAAUUCAAUGUUGUAAUUCGACUAGCAGCAGAAAAGUUAAUAAUAAAAAAAUAUGUAUAUAUAUAGCAACA